AUUGCAACCCAUUAAUAUAAUAUCACAAUAGUUCGUAUUGACUUUUGGUAUAAAUACGUCUAAUUCAUCUCCCUCAUUUGUUGUUUUCCCCCAAGCAAAGAGGGUUCCAAUCAGUCAUUGGAACCCUCUUCCGGAUUCCGUAUCAGCUAUAUCAUAUAUGAUAUGGCCCCAUUUAAUAGCACAUCAUUAUUCGAUAACGCUCGCUUCAAGUUGCGGCAGUCUCAUCGAAUGCAGGGCAUCUUGAAGAUAUUAUCUAUCAGGCGGCGCAAGAGUCAUGUUGAUGAUGAAGGGGAUUCUAAUGAUGUCGUUGAUAAUGAUGACCAGUCAUCUAUCGGCAACCCAGUCAGCCCUGCUGAUUCCAGCGCCGCUAUGACCAAUAUCAGCGAUGCCAACAGCGAUACUCCAAAGCUCGAGGCUAGCGUAACUCAUUCACUUGGGGAGAUCCGAUCCGAGGGGAAUGUUUCUGACUUAUUCCUUCUUCCCCAAGAGCUGUUUGACAACAUAACUAGCUACCUCACCCACGCCAACAUCGUAUGCCUAGCCCUCGUCAAUAAAGAAUUAAUGUCACGUUUCUUGCAUUCGUGUACGGAGCUUGAGCUACUGGACCCCAGCGAAACCUCUCCAUAUAAAGCUCUAAACGCAUUUGUUAAGAAAAUGGAUGGCUCUAAGAGUAAGAUCCGAGGGUCGUUGCUUAGCCUUUUAGACUAUGAUUUAUUAGAUCUCGUCUAUUGCUAUAAGUGCAAAGUGCUCCACGAUCCAUUCCUUACAUUCAAAGACCGCGCUUUUGCGCCGCGGAAAGCCCCUAAAUGUAUCGAUUGGUCUGUGGAGCAUCAUAUGCCCUCGCGCGCAACUAGAAAGUUGCUUCGUACUAUUACAAAACACCGAAUUCAUGGUGCUGAAUAUAGACAUCUAUUGCAGCAGGUCAAUAAUACACAGACAUCGUACCAAAAGGGAUUCAUGGUUCAGUAUUCCCUGCGCAUAAGAUAUCGCGACGAUGAUUUAAUUCUCAGAAAGCAGCAAGUGGUCUCCUCCAUCGAUAAGUCAGUGCUGGCACUAUGGUUGUUCAGACAGAUACUACGAGAUACAACACCACACGCGCUUGUAUCGUUGCCCAGGGUUUAUCCACUAUGCAAUCAUCGGGAUUGGAAUAGUAUCUACGCGCCGAUGGUAAAGCGGUGGACCGAGCCCUUUUGCACCGCCGAUCAUUCUGGUGAAAUCGAGGUACGGCAUUUACCAUCUUGUUUUAAUAGCGAGUCGUUCGACGCAUCAAAACAGGAUGGGCACAUGAUCUACGAAAGAUUGAAAUGGUUAUCUUCUGGGACUAAAUGGAAUCACAUGGACGUGCCCGCGCUGCUGGGAGAUGUUCUGGGCUGUCGCAAAUGUACGACUGAUUAUAGCAUCGAUGUCGUCCCCUUGCCGGAGCCUUUCAACUGGGGCUUUAUCCUAACAACGUGGUUGGACGUUGGUAAGAUUGACUUCUGUAAGAAAUGGGAUAGCCAUCGAGACCCUCUGAUUGGUCGAGGGGUCAAACGGGACUUCAUUUACGGCGAUAUAUGUGAGAGAUUCGAGGACAUAACAUCGAAGCACGAUUAUCGGCCCAAGAUCAGCGAGCUUAAUAUAGAGAGGAUGCACAAUUACGGAUGGAGUACACGGGCAAUGGGCGGGAAAGAAAAAUACAUCAACUGGAGUUCGGGACACACCUGCAAUCCGCAGACGGGUCAGAUAGAGGAUCCGGAUCCGCUAGAUGAAGCGGAUUACUGACGAGAUAAUACCUCACCCAGGUAUCAUCACCGCCAAAGCUCGGGAAUAUGAUGUCCCUAAUAAUUUGACCUCGACAAAGCGGUAUUUAUACGCAUGAUUGGGCGUUUCAGGG